GUUUUUUAUUUUUUUUAUUCUUUUCCGCCCUUGCUUUUGCAUCCUCCUUGAUGCUAGUUACCCUUUAGCACAUAAGCUGGUGUUUCUCGAACCCUGGACUGCAUAAUCAUAACCCCACCACACUCACUCAAGUUCGAUCACUGUCAUCGUUUCUCACCUAACAUAGGCAAAGCUCAGCUCUUUUCUUCCUUGGAAAUACCACUUUGACCCGUGGAAUUCGGUUCUCAUUUUGCUCUACCUAAUCCUGAGAGCGGCGUAGGCGUCUCGCAAGUACCUCAUUCUUUGACCGCCCCUCCAAAGCAAAGCAAAGACAAGCGUCUCAGCCAAACACACACCGAGAUAUUCCCCGCCUAGGUCAAUCCAUCCAUCCAUCCAGACUUUCUGUCAGCCAUGGCCGACGUUCCGCUCGUUGUUAUCUCAGAAUUCGCGCAGUCAGAGCGUCGCAUUACACCGUCAUGGUCCAUCUCCCAACUCAAGGGCAAGCUUGAGACUGUCACUGGUGUUCCGCCCUCUUGCCAACGGCUCUCCCUCAAGCCCACAGCUGGCGCAGAGGCUAUCGCUAUUGAGGCGCCUAACGAAGACGACACCCACUUGUCCAACUUUCCCCUGGCCCCGUAUGCAGAGCUUCAUGUAAUUGACACACGACCUGCGGCCUCUCGGAUCAACUUGAAUGACACCUCGGGCGUCGACAAAUAUGUCAUGCCCGAAGAAGAGUACGAGAAAAAGACGGACUCGGUCCUAGCCUGGAAGAAGGCUCAGAAGUUAGGCCGUUUCGACCCAGAUGCUCCCAGCCACGAAGAGGCCAAGCUGCAGGCUCUUGACCGCGAGGUUGCCACGCGGGGCAUUGCUGUCGGCCGACGGUGUCGCGUUGGCGGUGAGGAUACUCGACGCGGUGUCAUCCAGUACGUCGGUGAGGUCAAGGAGAUCCCCGGCGGUCUCGGUUCAUGGGUGGGAGUCCAGCUCGAUGAGCCCGUUGGCAAGAAUGACGGUAGCAUCGCUGGUACUCGAUACUGGGGCGAGCCCUCUGAGCUCAAGCAUGGUGUCUUUGUGAGGCCGGAGCGGGUUGAGGUGGGCGAUUUCCCUGCUCUCGACGACUUGGAAGAUAUGGAGGAGAUUUAGACGUCUCGAGUGUGAACAGCUCGAUGGUCUAGGGCUGGUGGUUCUCUGUUGAGUAAACAUUGAUAUCUACAGCGAACGGUGUACCUGGUGGUUGUAAUUAGAGCCAGGCUCUGUGGGAAGCCUACCCUCCAAAGUACUUUCAACCGGGAGUAAUUUUAUCAUAGCCGGAGCCUGGCAACUUGGUCGUGCAAGGCCAUCAGGUCUGCCGGCUUUACAAAACACGGAUACACAAAUCAGUCACCAAACCGAG